UCCAGGCAACAGUCAGAGCAGGGAAGUGAAUAUGAUGUUGCCCCCUUGGUAACAUGCAGUAGUAUUUGGUGGAUUAUUGCGCAGCCAGCGCAGUAGUGAAGGUGGGCUUUGAGCGGGAGAUGAAAACGUCCUGGAACUGUUCUUCAUGUUUCACUCUCUCCAUCCUUUUGUCUGGAUCUUUGUGUUUCCACUCUUAAAGCUUGGAAGCAAAGAGGUGUCAUCUCUAGCACGGAGCUCAGCUUUAAAGGAAAUUGCAAGACUAAAUCUGCUUGUCAGCUUCUGAUCAGACUCCAACUAAUAGAUAAAGCAAGAGGAGGAGGACACGCGGAUGCAUCGAGGAGAAACUCGCCACAAUCCCUGAUUUUAUUGUCAACUCUGGUUUGUUGAAGAAUUCGAUUUUUCUAUUCACUGAAUUGUGCUCGAAGAGCAUUUUAUGUUUGUCAACUCUGCACUGAUUUGAAAUAGAUUUUUUUUUUCCCACCGGUGGAGGAAAUGUUGUGCUUGGAUUUUGAUGUCCUAUAGAGGAGGUUUUUGUUUUCAUCUGAUCAGCAGUCCUUCAGUGUGUGAAAACUUUCUGAUCUGCACAUACCACAUGCAGGUUUUGAGUCUUGGUUCAAGUUGAUCGCAUCCUACAGACUGAAGAGUGUCACUCUCCUCUGUGGAUCCUCAGACUUUGCUUCCUCUAAGGAGUAUCAGCCACUUGGACUAAAAAAAAAAAAUUCAAGAUGCAGGUGUCAUUGGUGUGCACGGACCAUCGUGGGGGAGUGAGUCGGAACACAGAGGACCGGUUAAACCGACAGAAUGCAAACAGCCCCAACACGGGCACUCGCAGCAAGUUCAGAGCGGUGGCAAUGGUGGCUCGCAGUCUGGGACAGCUCUCGGUUCAGAGUGUGCCCUCCUCCAGCGAGCAAAGCAUGAAGACGGGCAUGAAGUAUAGAAACCUUGGAAAGUCGGGCCUGCGUGUGUCCUGCCUUGGAUUAGGAACAUGGGUGACGUUUGGUGGACAGAUAACAGAUGAGAUGGCAGAGCAGCUGAUGACUCUGGCUUAUGAAAAUGGCAUCAAUCUGUUUGACACAGCGGAGGUCUACGCUGCUGGAAAGGCGGAGGUGGUGCUCGGAAACAUCAUAAAGAAGAAAGGAUGGAGACGUUCGAGUCUAGUGAUAACAACGAAAAUCUUCUGGGGUGGAAAAGCAGAGACCGAAAGAGGUUUAUCCCGAAAACACAUUAUAGAAGGUUUAAAAGCCUCUCUAGAAAGACUGCAGUUAGACUACGUGGAUGUAGUUUUUGCAAAUAGACCAGACCCUAAUACACCCAUGGAAGAAACGGUCCGAGCAAUGACCCAUGUGAUAAAUCAGGGCAUGGCCAUGUACUGGGGAACUUCCCGCUGGAGUCCAAUGGAAAUAAUGGAAGCAUACUCGGUGGCACGACAGUUCAACCAGAUUCCCCCCAUCUGUGAGCAGGCUGAGUACCACAUGUUUCAAAGAGAGAAGGUGGAAGUGCAGCUACCUGAGCUCUUCCAUAAAAUAGGUGUGGGGGCCAUGACAUGGUCACCACUGGCCUGUGGGAUCAUCUCAGGGAAAUACGACGGCAGGGUGCCUCCCUACUCUCGGGCCUCUCUGAAGGGUUACCAGUGGUUGAAGGACAAGAUCUUGAGCGAGGAGGGCCGGCGUCAGCAGGCGAAGUUGAAAGAGCUGCAGGCAAUCGCAGAGCGGCUGGGCUGCACUCUGCCCCAACUCGCCAUCGCGUGGUGCCUACGGAACGAGGGGGUGAGCUCUGUCCUUUUAGGGGCGUCCAGCACUGACCAGCUGAUGGAGAACAUAGGAGCGAUACAGGUUCUUCCAAAGCUGUCGUCCUCCAUCACACACGAGGUGGACAGCAUCCUGGGGAACAAGCCGUACAGUAAAAAGGACUACCGCUCCUAACACGCGGUGCGGCCUCGCCCGGCAGGGCCGCUACCCAAGCUGCAGCCGCAGCGCACCCCACCUUUGCCUGAUCCUCUGUUUGCUUGAGCUUUUACUAAGCGAGACCCUGGCGCAUGAGUCUGGCCACACCAAGGCCACGCAGGGCAACUCGCUUAGAGUUACAGGGAUAAAGUUAAGAAAAAGAAAAAUGCAGUCACCUCCACAAGGAAAUGAAGGGAUUGACAAAGAAAGACAAAAGUGGAAGAGGGAUUUGCGCUCAUACUUAAAUCAGUUACACAUUCAACUCAGCUGAACGUAUUUUAAAACCAUAGAGAAAAAUACCUUUUUAAAAAAGUUAAAAAAAAAAAUAAUAAGCACACGCUUGCUUGGCAGCCAGAAUUCUGUUUUUAUUUCCUUUUUAUGUUUGUUUGUUUUUUGCUUUUUUUUUGUUUUUCUCCUUCCAAAAAUGAAUGCAACUAAAAGGAAGACGAUGUUCACACUGUAUGAAUAUACAAGAACUACUCUGUUGCACAUGUACCAUUCGUUCCUUGGACGUUGUGAUUCCAGCCGUGUCUCUCAAGGUUUCUCUCAAAGGAAAAAGAAAAAAAACUGUGUUGUUGACAUUAUCAGUGUAAGAGCCUUGAAUGUGGGCUUUAACAAUCAGCACUUUAGUAUUGUCAGUGUAGGUGCAGGAGGGUUGUUGAAAGGAGAGGAGAGCGCUGGGUAUUAACGUAGUUUCUUCUCACAGCCAUUGCACUUUUAGAAUUGCAUCUCCUCCCGACCGCUCCCCUCUCCUCACCCUCUCCUCACCCUGACCUCUGACACUCCUGUUGUCCUGCUUUGGACAGGGCUGAGAGGACGAGGGGGUUGAAACGACUGCGCCCUGGCUCCUCCUCCUCCUCGUCCUGACCGGUGAACUGUCCAUGAUAACGAGUCAGAAGUGCAGGGGGGGGGGCAAAUGCCACUGAAGAGAUAAGCGAUUUAUCCCCCCCCCCUUACAGAGGGAGCUGCAGCCAUCAUAAAUCAAAUGCGGCCCCUCCCCCCUCCCCUCCCCACUGUGUUCUCCCCAGCCUCCAUUCUGUUGCUCAGGCUGAGGAGUUACUGUACAGGAAGUGAUCAUCAUAUCCGUGCUGGCUCCACCUCUCUCCUUUUUUUGUUCAAGUCAUUCUUGCCUUAUUUACAGUUGCGUCAGACUGUGCUGUGGCUCGACCGCUGUCCCUUUGGCCGGCGGAGGCGGGCGCGUUGCGGGCGAGGACGAGGUGGCGUUUCCGGUUAAUCAGAGCGCGGCAGCAGCUCAGGGAAAGGAGCAGGUGGUUUUUCAGUCGUGUGUCGUCGGCGUGCACAUGUUCAGGAGGGUGUAGUAACUUGUCUGUCUUUCUUUCACGCGAGGACACUGGGGGAGAGGACCAGUGACAUAUUUAAGUGUGGCUUCAGCCAAAGAUCUUCUUUGUUUCUCUCUCUCUCUCUCUCUUCGAUGACACACUUUUACUUCCUGCAAGGUUAUAGAAACUCAUCAUCUUGACGCAUGUGCUGUCCAAGUUUGUCAUCCAUCUAUGGUCUGGACUUUACUCCAUGUAUAUCUUUACUUGACCAUGCUGUUUAAACUAGUUAACAACAUGUCCUUCUUAUACAGAAUGCAAUAGUACACACAGCUGAAUGCUUUUAGGAAACUUAAGGUUUGUUUUAAGCGACACACAAAACUCCAGACGUGUGUUCAAGCAGAAUUUGAUGCCGCCCUAUUAUCACUCGUUCUCCUCUGGGUGCUCUCUUACUGUGAUUAAAGCACAAGUGGAUAGCAUGUGAUACAACCUCGAAGCAUGGACUCUCUUCACCUUUGGUGUACAAUACCUGCAGGACAAGCGAGGUGAUACUGCUCCUCCCCCCACUUACUUACUUACUUACUUACUUACUAACUAACGCGUGUAGAUAACAAAUCUUUACUAACAGCUGGAAAAAAAAAAAAACACUUAAGUACAGUUAAGGAAAAUUAUAUAAAUGAGAUGCGGGUGCUUCUUAGCGGGCGUAGAGGAAAUAAUCAAUGUGAGCGUCUUUUGUGUGAAUGUGUGUGUGUGUGUGUUUGUGUUGGGGAGGGAGAACAACUAAACUAGUCCCUUGCUGUUUUAGCCUGUUGUGUUUAGUUGAUCCCUGUAUCUGUGUCUUGUGCGUCUGAGUGGAUUAAGCAAAAGAGCAUUUAGCUUGUUAGUUUGUGGAGUUCCUGUGUCUUAAUAUUUCCAUCUGCAGGGAAGAGUAGAGGAAGUUUGAGAUUUCAAGGCCACGUUUGACUCUUUUUUUGGGUCGGGUUGGGUUUUCCUAGAGUUAGAGAAACUUCUGUCGCGUCUGAAGCUACAGCCAACAAAAUGAUCUUUGAAAAAGUGAAAAAUCAGUAUCAUCUGUCACCAUUUAUGAGAUGAAAAGUGUUAUUAAAAGAGUAUUGAAUAUUUAGUGACAUAAAUGCAUGUACAGUACAAACAAGUUUCAUCAAAGAGGUUUUUUUAAAUGCUAAAUCAAUAGUUGCUUAUAACCAGAGAGCUGUUUUUCAUUGGGUUAUUCAAAAAUGUGAUGGAGAAAACGAUUCUUGAAAGGAUAUUAAAUGUUUCUGUGUUUGCGAUGAGACGCUGAACACUUGUAAACAUUAAAUUACAGCGGUAUUAAAAAUAAAUCAGGCGAGUCAAGUCACAUUAUUCAUUAACAAAGGUUAGAAUGCAUAUUUCAUAGUGUGGUUUUAUCAUUUUCUGUUGUGUCCGUUGACUGUUGGCUGUAGUUUAUACAGAAAACACUUCUAACUCUGGGCAAAGUAAACAUGAAUAUGCAGAUUUUACCCCCCAAAAAUAUAUCCCAGCUUCUCCUUUAAAUAAUAUCGCUGUGCAUUGUUUUUGUUAAACCACAAGUGUUAUUCCACACUGUGCUUACCCGUCCUGCAAAAAAAAAAAAAAACCCUUUGUGCUGUUUUUAAAGGUUAACGCACACAUUAGAAAUGACUCUCCAUGUUUUACGUCAGGAGCGUUGGUUAGUUAGGGACAAAGUCAUGCUUUAAAGUGGUCCUCGUUUCAUCAUACGUGCUCUUAUCGUUGAAGAAAUGAAACCAGGCCCACGCGGUGGACAGAGCUUAUUUUACAGAAGGUUCUGGGUUAUACAGAGAAUAUAUUUUUUAUCUUUUCGCCUUUAAUGCAGUAGAGGUCAAUAAAAAUAGAAGUUUUUAUUUUUCUUCAUCACGCUGCAUUUUUCCUAUCUGUAUCGUAUUGACUUUAAAGACAAGACGAAAAGAAGCAAUUCCUUUGUGUUGUGUGUGCAUUAUGAGGGAAAACGUUGUGAGCGCCUGGUUAUCUCCUGUACAUAGUUUGACCUUUGUAUGUAUGUGUAUAUAUAUAUAUAUGUGUGUGUAUAUAUAUAUGUAUAUACAUAUAUAUAUAUACAUAUUUCUGGUUGUGAUCACCUUUGCCUUUUCUUUCUCUCUCUCUCUUUUGUUUGUUUUUUUAAUUUGAUUUCCUUUGGCAGGCGUUGCUAUCUGCACUGUGCUUGUAUCUGAAGGUUAGACAGGAUGUACAGCUUCGAUCUUCAAAGAAAAAUGAAAUAAUGAUAAAAUAAGAAUGAUAAGCAAA